AUGGAUGCACUGCCGUCCAUCUGUACUCUGUCCUACGGGAACACUGUGGUAAACGUGCAGCACUUGCCAUUCCACGUGGGGAGCAGCCCAAACAUGGAUCUCCAGAUAGGGGAGGACUUUUUUUCCUCACACCAGUUUUCCCUCUCAACAGAUAUCACAGGAAGGCUCCAUGCAUGUGUCGUUGAUCCCUCUGGCCUGUACGUUGACGGCGUUUAUUACCCCAACAACUCUCCCCGCAUUCUCUUGCAGAAGAGUUCCACCGUAGGAACCCAAAAGUUACAGCUCAACGUUGUCCAAACGGGGUCUCCCUCAGUGAUCGAGCGUCCUGUUGGCUUUGUCAGCGAGAAGGUCCUUUCAUAUGUGGGCUUCAACCAGUGA